AUGGCGGAGUCAAGCGGCAGUUUGAUUGAAGUUACGGCUCCGAGCCGUCUUCAAAUUACGAAAUGGAAAGUUCGAAAAGGCAGCAAAGUAGCUCAAGGAGCCGUGCUUGGAUUUUACAAACUCAUCAACUCUGAUGAUCCUGAAAACCGGGAUAAAAUUAAACACGAGAAAGAGAUUGGGACACAAUUGUCUUCGCCUGACAACCAACUUCACAAGUUGAAAGCAAGUCAUGUUGGAACUGUUUUUGAAAUUGUUGCUGAGGAAGGACAAGAAAUUGUCGAAGGGUCAGUCGUUCUGCAAAUUAAAGGCUGCAGCCACCCGACAGUCAUGAAGGAUAUGUGUGCAGACUGUGGAGCUGAUCUCCGCACCGAGAUGGGUGUGUCUGGAUGUCGUAAAGAAAAUGUCAGUGCCACUGUUGCCAUGGUACAUAGCAUCCCGGAACUUAUUGUCAGUGAAGAGCAAGCACUUGAACUUGGUCGAGCUGAUGAAAUAAGGUUGAUAAAAACCCGGAAACUGGUUCUGCUUGUUGAUCUCGAUCAAACUCUCAUCCACACGACAAAUGAUAAUAUACCCCCCAACCUUAAAGGGAUUCAUCAUUUCCAGUUGUGGCAAGGAAUGAACUUAUUGUGGUACCACACGCGUAUUCGGCCACAUACUCAACAAUUUCUGGAAAACAUCUCCAAGCUGUAUGAGCUCCACAUCUGCACUUUUGGUGUACGAAUGUAUGCACAUACGAUUGCACGUUUCAUUGAUCCAGCAGGAAAGUUUUUCUCACACCGUAUCCUCUCCAGGGACGAAUGCUUCAAUGCCAUGUCUAAAACAGCCAAUCUCAAGGCUCUAUUUCCAUGUGGAGACUCUAUGGUGUGCAUUAUUGAUGACCGUGAGGAUGUAUGGAACUUUGCGCCUAAUCUAAUCCAUGUGAAACCAUAUCGUUUCUUCCAAGGAACUGCCGACAUCAAUGCCCCACCUGGAUUGUCCAAAAAAGAGAACGACUCAAAACCUAUCACUCGCCAUGUGCGAAAAGUGUCUACCAAUUCAAACAGUCCGGAAAAGAGUAAAGGUGUGUCAGUAGGUAGCAAGGAUAAAGGCAAGGCAAGUAAGAAUGUCGAAAAGGAAAAGAAAGCAGUUGAAGAAACAAUUUUGCCAAAGUGCCAGUUGGCAGAUAAGGAGGAGGAGGAGAAUGAUGGGGUUGAAUCAGUUUCCAAAGAUGAGGAUAGCAAUACUGUCUCAAAAGAACCAGGUACCAUCAUGGCCAACAAAGACAACACUGAUGACAGUACAAGCCAGAAAGAGCAAAAAGAUGCUGAAGACCCGUCCAAGGAUUCAAUCAAACAGGAAACAAAAGACACUGUCAACUCUGAUGACGCAGUCGGCGGUAAAAAUGCUGCCAGCUCUGAAGACGCUGCCAGCAAUAAAGAUGCUGCCAGCUCUGAAGCCGCAGAUGGUGUUAAAGAUGCUGCCAGCUCCGAAGCCGCAGAUGGUGUUAAAGAUGCUGCCAGCUCCGAAGCCGCAGAUGGUGUUAAAGAUGCUGCCAGCUCCGAAGCCGCAGAUGGUGUUAAAGAUGCUGCCAGCUCCGAAGCCGCAGAUGGUGUUAAAGAUGCUGCCAGCUCCGAAGCCGCAGAUGGUGUUAAAGAUGCUGCCAGCUCCGAAGCCGCAGAUGGUGUUAAAGAUGCUGCCAGCUCCGAAGACACAGCCGGCGGUAAAGAUGCUGCCAGCUCCGAAGACACAGCCGGCGGUAAAGAUGCUACCUGCUCUAAAGCCGGCAGCAAAGAUGCUGCCUGCUCUGAAGACGCUGCCGGCGGUAAAGAUGCUGCCAGCUCUGAAGUCACAGUCGGCGGUAAAGAUGCUGUUGAAUCGAAGAGUGAUGAAGAAGAUGAGUCGAAGUCAGAAGAUUUGGAGGGCCUCAGUGAAGACAGCUCUAUGUCCGGCAUGAGCUUGUGCGACAACAGUAGCAUGAAUGCAACUAGCAAAAAUGAUGAUUCAAAUAUCGAUGACGACGAUGAUGAUGAUGACGAUAAUGAAGACAAAAUGAUAGAAUGGGAAGAUGAAGAUGAUUAUCUUUACUAUCUCGAGCAGAUAUUGCAACGCAUACAUACAGCAUACUUUGCUAUCAGUGAUCAAUUAAAUGCCGAAGGAAAGGCUUCUGAAAUUAACCUUGACCUGAAAGCAAUCAUCCCUUAUGUAAAGCGUAAAGUUCUCAAAGGUUGUAACAUUUGCUUCAGUGGGAUUAUCCCACUCAAUACCCAAAUGGCUAAAAGCCGGGCUUAUAACGUCGCCAUUUCCCUGGGGGCUAAUAUUCAUGAAACAUUUGUUCCCUAUUCGUCAAGUAAAAAGUCAAAUUACACAACCCAUUUGAUUGCAAACAAAACUGGAACAUCGAAAGUGCAUGCUGCACAACGUGCACGAAAAGUUACAAUUGUCUCACUUGAUUGGCUCUGGUCCUGUGCAGAGCGUUGGGAACGUGUGGAUGAGAGGCUGUUUCUACUGAAAGACAAAGAUUGUUUGGAUAGUGACAAUGGCCGGUCUAGCCCAGAGAUACAAAAAGCCCCUAAAUCUGUGUUGCGGAAACGUAAAUGCGGUAAUGACAACCAGGGGUCCAGCCGGGGGGAAACCUAUUCAGGUGGAAAUGAGGAGCGAGCGAGUAUGGACAAGGAGUUGGAGGAACUGAUGGAUGAAGAUGAUAGCGACUCUGACGAAAAGGAAGCUGAGGCUCAACUUCGGAAACAGGUGCUCAGCGAACGCAGGUGUGACACGUCCUCAGAAGACAGUUUGUCUGGGGAGUUCCCCCAUGGUUGGAAAAGCAAAAAAUGGUCAAAACGCCGUUUGAGCAAGAAAAAGACAUCAAUAAAACGGGACGAAUCAAUUGAUAGUGAGGAUUCUGAGGCAAGCAUUAGUGAAAAAUACGAAAAGUCCAUUGAGAUUUUUGCUGCUCAGGAAUCGGACAGUAGCAAUGAGGAAUCAGAUUGUGAGUCAGUCGGAUCAAUUGAUGAGGAAAUUGCAGAAGCCAAUCUUUUUUUUCUUUUCCUUACUUUUCUUUUUAAUUCUAUCUUUUUUCUUUCUUUCCCUUUUCUUUACUUUCCCUCUCUAUUUUUUCCUUUUCUUUCCUUUUUCCCUCACCUUCUUUCUGCUUUCUUUUUCUUUCCUUUCUUUUUACUCCUCUUUCCUUGUCCUCCUCUUAUCUUUCCUUGUCCUCCUCUCUCCUUUCCCAUCCUCUCCCUUUCCUCUCCUCCCCCUCCCUCUCUCCCCUCCCCUCCCUCCCCCCUCCCCCCCCCUCUCUCCCCUCCCCCCUCCCCUCCCCUCCUCCCCCUCUCCCCUCCCUCUCCCUCUCUCCUCUCCCUCUCUCCCCUCUCUCUCUCCCCUCUCUCCCUCUCUCUCCCCUCUCCCCUCUCCCCCUCCCUCUCUCCUCUUUCUUUUCCCUCCUCCUUCCUUUAUUCUUUUUUUUUUUUUCUUUUCAAAAGUUCCUUCUCUUCUCAACAUAUCUGA